AACAUUUUAAAAAAAAAAAUGAGCCGAAUUUUGAAAUUCAUUUCCUUUGGCAAGCCCGUCCAUCCUGAGGUUGUCCCGCUAUUGGCCAUCAUGGGCGUCGCCUUAACCGGCGUGACGAGCUUCUGCAUCUACGCGUUGUUCACCAAAAAUGACGUCAUGCUUAACCAUCACAGCAAGAUUCCACCAUGGGAGAAGAGCAUCGACGAAGUCAAUCCAAAGUUGUUGAACUUGCAUUCCCUUCAGAAGCUGGACCCGGAAGUCCGCAAACUCAAGGAGGAAAUCAACCAAAAAAGCGCCUGAAAGACAAAAAGGAGGAAAGAAAAACUAAAAUGUCUUGUCGUCAACCCGGAAAAAAAAAACAUUCAAUGUUUUUUCUUUAGAUGUCAUUUCGAUGUAUGUUAUCUGUAACCGUAUUAAUAUAAUGUGAAAUUCC